CGUGAGUCGUAUGUGUACCAGCUGAUCUUGUUUGUUUUUGACGAUAGCGUUCGCAGGAAAUUUUUUUUGUGCAUUUUCACCAUGAAUGUAAAUAAAAAUAAUAGAUCUGCGUGCAAAAAAUGUGGCUACACUGGGCAUUUAACCUACCAAUGCAGGAAUUUCCUGAAGCUGGACCCGGAAAAGGAAAUUCUCCUGGAUGUAAGCAGCACUAGCAGUGAUUCAGAUGAUAAAUACGUGACACCACUGAAGAAAUUGCGAAAGGAAGAACUCGAGGAGGUGGAGAAGAAAAGGGAAGAAACGAAAAAAAGGAAAGAUUCCAAGAAAAAGGAAGAAUUGAAGAGUAAGAGGAGAAAAGAACGAGCUAAGAAACUGAAGAAGAAAUCCUCAAAGAAAAGAAAGAAGAGGAGAUACACAGACUCUGAGUCAUCAAGUUCGGAUGACUCUGAUACGGAAUCCUCGUCGGAUGAAUCAAGCGAUUCCUCUGAAUCCGAUUCCAGCUCCAGUGUAGACUCCAGGAAAAGAAAAAAACACAAAUCCCGGAAGACAAAAAAGUCUAAAAAGAAGAAAUAAAAAAUAUUGGGGAUUUUUUGCUACCGCACAGGUUAAGAUAAACUUCCAAAUUUAAUUUUCUAUAUGAUUGAUUCUACGACGAGGAAGAGAUUGAGAUUUGCAAACCUCUGCUUAUCAAGAGAUGUUCAUCACUAUACCACUCCCAUUCCUUGCUCGUGAUCAAUUUUUCUGCUCAAGCACAGAAAUUACAUUUCUCAUGAGCAAGAACAGCGGGAGUAUGUGGGAUAGUAAGGUUUCAAGUCAACCAUGGCAAGAAAUCGUAAAAAAUGUACUGGUAAGCUGACCAAGCUUACGGGAGCUGUGUUUCUUUCAGUGUACCAAUUUUGUGAGAGCAAACUGGAUUGCGAAUUAAUUUAAAUACGCGCAAAGUCGGGAAAAGUUGAAAAUUCAUACCCUAAGAAAUCUUUAGAAGGCUAUAUCUCGAGAACGGAUCCAUAGAUUUUCAUAAAUUUUUUUUUGUUUGAAAGGUCUUGAAGUCAGCUAUAACAUAUCGAAAAAUGAAAAAAAUUUAUGUCGCCAUUUUCGAAAAAUUCGAGUUCGAAAUUUUAGAAAACUUUAUUUUUGACUUUAGCGCCUCUUGCGGUCAUUUUUCGAAGUUGCAAUGUUCUAGACAUUUGUAGGGUUUCUCGAAACCUUUCAUUUGCGCUUGAGUUGAUCAAGAUCGGACUUGUAGAACCCGAGAUAUGACAUGCCAACUUUGGAAGGCUAUAUCUCGAGAACGGAUCCAUAGAUUUUCUUCAUUUUUGGCAUGGAGCUAGAUAAUAUAGUCAGCUAUAACAUAUCAAAAAAUGAAGAAAAUUUAUGUCGCCGUUUUCGAGAUAUUCAUCGAAAACUCAUCGAAAAUUUUGUUUUUGAUUUUUGGCCCCCUAGCGGUCACUUUUGAAAGUUUCGAUGUUCUAGAAAGUUGUAGGGCUUGUUGAGAGCUUUCAUUUGAGCCCGGGUUGAUCAAAAUCGGUUAAGCCGUUUUCGAGUUAUGGUCGAUUUUCGAUGAAAAAUUGUGGCGGCCAUAUUGACUAAACGGCUUGACCGAUUUUCGAAAAUGAGGUAUCGUUGGAAAGCUCUUGAUGGCCCCUACAACAUAUCAAAAUUUCAGACCUCUAGCUAUAAUAGGGGCUGAGAUAUAGCGAAAACAAAAUUUUGAGGUUAUCCAAAAUGGCGGACGGAGGGGUGGGGGGGUGGAUUUGACUUCAUAAUCGGAUUUCUUCAGGUCGAUAUUUAAACUUUGCCGUUUACCGCAAGUCUCUAUCUAUCACCGUUCUCUUGCAAUUUAAGUUUAUAAUCCGGACGGCCGGCCGGACGGAAGGCCGGCCGGACAAAAAAAUUUUUUGGCGCAUACGUUUUUUGGAAUGUGGGGACCCUAAUUCGUGCUCAUACCAAGUUUGAGCCCGAUCUGACGACUUUCGAUUUUGCUCGGUACACAAAAGCUGUGUCUGAAAGAAACACAGCUAACUCGCUUAUUACAUUUUUCUUGAGAACGUUCUGACUGUAAGACUCUGAAUGGAUAAGAUUUGAGUUGUAUAUUUUUAUUUAAUUUAAAUUUUAAUAAAUUAAAAAAAAAGACCUUACGACAUUGCGAGUAAUUUAUUAUUUAAUUCAAUUAUAACAUAUUCCAAGAAAAAAAUGGUAUUAGGUUCAAUUAAGUUUAAAAAGUCUAGGGAAGUACUUGAACGAUAUAAUUCUUAAGUCCAUACUUGAUCUUGAAUGGUAAAGAAACGAAAACAUUUAAAAUUUAAUCCGGGUUAGUCUAGAAUAGAUAGUAGAAUAGAUUCAGUCAUAGAAUCAGUUUUAGAAUUUCUUAUUCCAAAUUUCAAGAAUUUCAGUUGAGAAUUGACUAUCCAUUCAAACUUCGCGAAAAUAAAAUAUUUAGAUUUUCUAAUUUUUUUUAAAAAAUAUAAUUCUGAUCUGAUUUUAUAAAAUAUACCAAAAUGUAGGGAGAUUUUGAAAACGUAAUUAUAUGCAAAAAAAAACAUUUAAAAUUCACUUCAAACGGCCAUACUAAACAAUUAUUUGAUUAAAAGAACUUUUGACUGAUUAAAGAAUUUCAUACAAUCCCAA